AAAGACUAAUCCUGCAUGUUUGGAUCAUUCAUUUCUGUUCCAGCAAUUCUGAAGCAAAUUUCCGUUCUGUUUCAUCAGGAUGAAGUCCUGGCCGUGUCCAGGAAGAUGGUGGUACGGGUGGAGGACCUGGUGAAAUGGUCACGUGCCGACCUAGCUGGGUGGAGUGGUGGCCCAGUGCCUCCAGUGGUCAAGACAAAUGGCGUCCACGAACCUCCACAGAGCGGCGCAGACAACGACGGCGGUGUGCUAAGCGACAACAAUGAGCUCCUGGAAGUCAAACCUGAGAGUAAAGAAAAUGCAACCAAACAUCCGAUGAAUUUCUACGAGCCGUCGCAGCGGCAGACUGUCAAGGUUCUCAGCUACCCACAGUACUGCCGCUUCCGCUCCCUGCAGAGACGCAUCCAGGACGGAGCCAGGGGGCCCGCCCUGCAGGACACGUACCUGUUGGCCCUCGGGGCCAUCAAGGUUCUGCCUAACGUCAGGGUGAUGUACUGCAGGGACACCUUCAACCACCCGACACUGGAGAGCAGCGCCUGCUUCUCCUGGCAGUUCAGGUGUCCAUCUCUGAGUCUCCGAGGACGACCUCGUAAGAGGAAAGGUCGCGACAGCAAAGACUCUCCGACCUCGGGCCAACCAGAGUCCUGGAUCGAGAAGAUGAAGGAGAAUGUGAUGGGCAGCGUGGAGGUUGGCUGUGAGGGCAGCUGGCUCCCCCAUCCAGAGGAGCAGCUGUUCCUGGAUCAGCUCUUCGUUUUCAUGGAGCGCCACGGAUCGCCCAUCCACAAAGUUCCCAACCUAGGUUUCAAGAAGAUCGACCUGUUCCUCAUGUAUUCGGUGGUCAAACGGCUUGGUGGCUACAAGAAGGUAACUUCAGACCGCCUGUGGAAGGUGGUGUACAACGAGCUGGGCGGGUGUCCAGGCAGCACCAGCGCAGCUACCUGCACCAGGAGACACUAUGAAAGACUGAUGCUUCCAUACGAGGAGCACCUGAGAGCUGGAGGAGGAGCAGAGUUUAAGAUCCCCGAUGUGCCGCUGCCUUCCAAACCCAGAGGAAUACGAGGACGCAAACCUCUGCCCAGAGGCAGGAAGCCUGGACCCAAACCCAAGAGGAGGACGGGGACGUUGUCGCAUGCAGCUCCGCCUUCUACUAUUCUGAGUCCAAACGGUGCCAUGGUGGUGAAACGAGGCAGAGGCAGACCGCCAGGAACUCGUAACAAAUCCACGCUAAUUGCUCAGGCCAAAUUGCUGGCUCAGCAGCAAGCAGCAACCAAACCAGCAGCAGUAGUGGAGCUAAAGCAACACAGUCUUCUGGUGCCCCCUGCAGGCAGAGGAGGACCGACACCCAGCAGCACACACCGGCCCAUCCAGCCGGCCAUCCUCCCGCUAAGCAUCCCCCUGACACCUGACCUCUCCCCCAUGUCUCCUUCCUUCCUCCCCUUCAAAACGACGGAGUUGAAGUCGGAACGCGGCGACUCGGCGGCUCCUCCCUCUCCCAGCGUUCUCAUCCCAGCUCUCCCUCAUUUCGUCACUGGCUCGCUGAGCGGCUUCAGCCCCAUCAAAGGCGUGUGCCCUCUGGACGUCUUCAGGAGUCAAAUCAGCCUCCAGAGGGGCCCCGAUAGCCCCGCCCUGACCCCCCAGGACCCGGCACAGCUCCACCCGGCCAUCUUCACCCUCCAGCCCAAAGGAGGGAGCCCGGACACGCCCCACCCCAGCUCGGAGCAGCUGCAGCCUCAGCUGCACCAGCUCCACCAGCACCACUGCUCUGGCUGCGGCUCAGACGACGGGGGUCAGCGCGGAGCGUCCAGGAGCCGGCCACCGCUGCCUCCACUCCGCGUCCUGCCUCUCAACCUGGACUGCAGUGUUCAGGUGAGGAAGGUGAUGCGGGCUCACCUGGACUCAUCUCAGCUGCAGACCUUCACCCGCCGGCUGUCGGAGGCGCUGUCGCAGGACCUGAGCGCCAAGCCGCCCUGUUCCCCCAUUACCCCACCGCCAGAGCAGGCGCUGCCCCUCAACCUCAGCAAACGAUUACCACCCAAACGGCCCAGCGCCGAAGGCCACGAGCAGAGUCCGCAGGCAGUCAACAGAAACUUGGAUCCAUCGUACUCCAAGAGACCACGCAGUGGCCCCCAGGAGCAAGCGCAGGAUUUCAGCCUCAGGGGCCGCUCCAGCUCCUUGGCAGUGUCCGGCAUUCAGAGCGUGGAGGGGAGGGGCCAGGAGGAGCCAGCAGACCUGAGCUCCCCAAGCCGCAUCCGGGCCUUCCUACUCGGACUUCCACCCUUCCAGGUGAAACUGGAGGAAGACAUGAACGGGACGAGGUUUGUGAAAAUUCCUCCUCCAACCGAAACCAAAAGGACUGAAGUCGGAGAUGGAGAUGCAAAGAUGGAGGCAAAGAAGCAGGAGGAGCCGAUGGGGAAGGAGCAACUGGAGCGAGAUCCGACCCGGUGUUCCGGUCCCUUGUCGGAAGCCAGCCCUUCCGACACGGACACACACUGUUUUUAGUGCUUUUUUUCCAUAAAUCAGGAUCACUUCGGAGACUUGUCUGCGCCGGGUGUUUGCUUCUUUAAUGACGUUUAUUUCGCUACAUUUCCGUUUUCUCUGGAGGAACGUCAUCAAACAGAAUCAUGACAAUCUCAGCUGAGUUUCCGUUGAAACAAAAACGGGAGAUGAUUUUCUUUUUUUUCCUGAACACUGCCAUAACCCUUGGAAAUACUAUACACUUCUCUCCUCUACGUUCUGAUGAAACUAAAACGGAUCCACAACAGUUAGAACAAGAUAUCAUGUUUGGGUGAUCAUGACUCCUCCCACAGCAUCCCUGGUGUCAUCCGCUAGUCCCGUUUUUAAAUUGUUCUCCUCGUCCGUAGGGAGAGACUUAUUUUCUGAUAGUGUUUAAAUGUAAUCUAGGGCUCAAAAUGAAAAGUUGUCUUCACAAUGUAUCCAGUGAAAGUGAAGCGUUUUAGUCCUGCUCGUUAGUUGAUGUAAACGUACACAAAUGUGCCUUAAAAGGCCGGCGACCCGCGCCAUUCCCGGCUUCACCUGCAUCCACGGAGAUACCUUGAUGUUUCAACAGCACACCCAUCGACCAGGUUCGCCAUCGUGUCGGCUUGCUCUCACCUUCGUCCCUGUUCAGGUUCUUAGAUCCCAGAUGCAGCUCCAACAGUCUAAACUACCUCAGGUUCUUCAUUUCUCUCUCCUCCCCCCCCUUUUUUUUAACCGUAUUUGAGGAUUAUAAAACUAUCUCAACGUGUUUGAGAUGAAAGCAUGCUCAGAAUGGUCCACAUCUGUAGCUUCCUUCUUCUUCAGCAGUUAAGAGGCUCCUGCCAACAGUAAGUUUGAAAUCAAAACAAAUCUUGUAUCUGCAGCUUCAGAGUGAGCAACUCCUGCCUCCAUAUUGGGAUUCAUGCACUGUAUAGGUGCGUCUCGAUAACUUAGAAAAUCACCAAGGAGUCUGUUUUGAUUCAUAAAUUCAGCUCAGAAAGUUGAACUCAUGGUUGUGGAGUAGCAGAUUUUCCUAGUACUAAACUUUCUUUUUAGAUUCUUUGCUAUAGCACUCUCUGGACAGACAAGUUCUGUAGCAAUAACCUUUUCUUGCCUCCAUAAUGUUUAUGUACUAAAAUAUAUUUUUAUUGGUUUUCAUUACCUGUAAGCUAUAAUUACCAAAAGCAGAAAUAAAUGCUUAAAAUAAAUCUCUUUUUGUAAUGAAUCCAUGAAAUUUCUGCAGUUUCACUUUAUGGACUGAAUUGUUAACUUGAAUUCUCACUAUAAAUUUCUUUAGAUGCACCUGUGAUUCCAGGAAAUUCAUGUCGGUUAAAGCCUUUUGUUAGAAAUGAGAAACUAAAAUUUAAUCUUGCAUCAAAAAAAUAUGUUGCUUUUCUUGCUCUUAAACAUCAAGGUAUCUCUUUAACUUACUUUCCUGUUUGCUUUGACACCACAUAUGCUGGUUCAGAUUUGCACACCUACUGUACUCCUUUUGCUUUUUUUCAUAUUUAAGCCAGUUAUAAUUUACUGUCUCUCAUUUCUUAGCGUUUGUAUUUGACUCAAACUAAUAGGUGCUGUUUUUUCCUAGUUAUGUAGCUCAUGACCACAUUGGUUUUUGACUUGUUUCAAGGCUCAGAAUGUUGUCAAGCUGCAAGUCAGAAAGUUUUUAAUAGGUGGAAAAAUUCACAUUGAUUUGUCCACAGAGAAAAUAUUUUAAAGAAAUAUUUUAAAAGAUGAAAAAAUUAGCUUAUUAGUAAUUAUUUUUUAUCAGAUUUGUUUGACUGUUGGUUCCAUGUUCAGCACAAAUAGUUGUGAAUGACUGCAUGAAAAAACAAUGUGUACUCAGUAUAUGGGCAGAUGCACCAAAGUGCUCCACAAGACUCCUAUAUAAUUCUGUUAUUGAUAGUAUUUUUACAAUUUUACUUCCUUCAUUUGUUUUUCUUCUUUAUUUUAAAAUAAUUAUUGGGCAAAAAAAAUAACUACAAAUGUCAAAUAUUCUUUAUCACAGUAAUGUUUUUCACAACAUUACUGCUUCAGACAGUAGUCUGACAGUAGUCUGAAGCAGAGCCAGACUACUGUCUGGCUCUGCUUCAUCACAUCAGUAAACCUAUAUUUAUUGGUCCCAGAGAGCUUUAAAGGAGCGCGUUUGUAGAACAAAUAAUGUGGACAGUGGUGCUCACUGAAGAGCUUAUCACAUUUUAAAAUGAAAGAAGGAUAAAAAUAAUUUUGGUCCUCCACAAAGCUGCUGUUCAGAAGCUGCUAACAACCGGCACUGACAUGAAAUGAUGCUCUUUGGUGUUAGCGUUAGGAACAUUUUAAGCUGGUUACCAUAUUUUUUGUAUUCCAUGAAAGUUUUGACAUAUAAACUGUCAUUGGAAGAAAUAUUGCUACCCUACAUCAUUUAGUUUAGUAUGAUGGUUAGGUGAACAUGCUAAUAUCUUAACGCAUCAGAUAAAUGACUUGUCAGAUUUUAAAAAUAGCUGUUUGGGUCAAUCAUGUUUUUUAGACCGUCUUAAUUUUUGUAUGUUAUAUACAUAUUCCCAUUAAGUAAUAAAGGUUUUGUUAAUUACUGAUACAACAGGCAUAAUUUUGCCUGCUAGCCUUGUUGACAGCUUGAGUCAUUUUAGCGUUUGAUAGAGAUUUACCCGACAUUAUUAGGUUAUGAUUAAUUCAUGGGCGCCAAACCUUCUUGGCUUUGCUGGACUGUUUGUUGUUCUAAACAGUUUUAUCACACUGCAGCAUGUUUCAAACUCGUGUCUCGUGGGCUAAGUCCAGCCUACUGUAGCUGUUUUGGUGGCCCACUAGACUCCAGAAAUAGAACUUCAAGAAAGCAGUUGUGUGAUUAUUUCAUAAGUUUGUUUGUAUACUGUCAAACAUCAAUGUAAAAGAAAA